AUGCCGGGAGGGCAGCAGCAAUCCCAGACUUCUGAUACUGCAGGCGAAACGCCCACACAGCAGCCUCAGACAGAUUGGAGGUCACUUGCGGACGCGGCUGCAAAUAUACCAAACCUUAUGUACGGCACCAGAGCAGUGUCUGCUAGGCCUCAUGGAUCUCCCGGACAAAAGGGAGCGAUGGGCCCCCCUGGACCUCCCGGAGAAAAAGGAGCCAUUGGACCAGCUGGGCUCCCUGGUUCUCCAGGAAAAACAGGGCCCAUAGGGCCAGUUCGUCAUGGGCCUGCCUGGCCUCCUGGACCCACUGGCAAGACAGGUCCCCCUGGACCACCUGGUCAACCAAGAAGCUCAUUCUGCCCCACUGGACCACCUGGACAUUCUCAAACAUUCGAAGGACCUAAGUCACUUAAUGGUAAGUAG